AACAUUUUCAGUUAAACCAAUUGAGAAGGCGAACAGGCAAAAUAAAAAAUUGGCGAAUUCAUGCCACAGCACAAUGAAAAUAUUAUUGAUACGAAAAAAAAACAUCGCACGUCCAUACCAUAUGAUAAUACAUGUGUAAUUAGAAAAGCAGCGCGCGCUCUGCGAAAAGGAUUUAUUGAGUGCGAAGUAACGCGCGAAUUUCAUUUACAAAGAACCGAAAGAUAAACAAAUUACAAACGGAAGACAAAAAAAAAGCAAAAAUAAACAAAACCAUCAUUGCAAUUCGGUCAUUCAAGUUUCAAAAGCUAUAGGCGAAGCAGCGAUGUUACGGAAGUUGCUCUAUUUCUCCGUGUGCUUCGUGUAUUUGUUCUAUAUCGAGGGAUCCGCAUGGAAAAACGAUAGACGACCCAAACUUAUGGGAGACAGAUUAUCCAUGGCGAAGGUGCAUCCUUUUAAGCAUCCAAUUAAGAGGAAGAUUGUGAUGUACCACAACCAGUUUAGAGCAAGGGUAGUCCCGAGGGCUUCUAAUAUGCUGAGAAUGAAAUGGAAUAAGAAAGCUGCUAGGGCUGCACAGAAAUGGGCCAGUGAGUGUAUGUUCUUAACACAUGAUAACCUUACUGGAAGAUAUGUAGAUAAUUACGGAUCCUGUGGACAAAAUAUUUUUGUUGCCACACAUUUAGUCCCCUGGCUUUUCGCUAUAAAAUCAUGGUUUCUGGAAAAAGACAAUUUUACGUAUGGUAGUAAAAAUAAUGAUAUUUUGGUGGUUGGACAUUACACCCAGAUGGUUUGGGCGUCGACGCAUCAAGUUGGAUGCGGAUUAACGAAAUGCAAUAGGAUUGGAAACAAGACGGGCAUUAAUUAUUACAAUUACGUUUGCAACUAUUGCCCCAUUGGAAAUUAUGGUAAAAAAUUAGGUAUACCUUACAGAAGCGGUAAACCUUGCAGGAAUUGCAAAAGUUCCUGCUUCAGGAAUAAACUGUGCACAAAUUCCUGUCCAUUUGCCGACAAUUGGUCAAAUUGUCGGGAACUGUUUAUGGCUCAUCCGACUUGGCUUUGUCACACGGAAUCUACCCUUGGUCAGACGAGGAGAAAAUCCUGCGGAGCCACUUGCAAAUGCAAAGGGAAAAUACACGAUUGAGGAUAUUUGCAGUUCUAGUUUGUUAGAGACAAUCGCUGCGCGAAAUUGCUUAAGAAAUUUUCUCAAAUUGGAGUAAACUAUCCAGCAGCUCUAUUUACAUUAGUUUAUAUAAAUCUUAGCAAUUUAACGGCACACGAAACCAUGCACUGUGUCAUAUGCACACUCGGAUAACGGAAAAUUGUAGAGGAUUAGUUACAAUAUCUCCGUUAAUUACCGAAUACAUGAAUACAUAUUAUUGUUUACAUUUUUUUAAACACAGCACUCGAUAAGUUAUAAAACAUAUUAUAUGUUAAUA